AUGUCGACCUCUCUCCCGACCAAAUCCUCCAAUGCACUCCUCUCGGUCAACUUCAACCAGGACCACUCGUGCAUCGCCGUCGGCACCCGUGACGGCUACUCGAUCACCAAUUGCGAACCCUUCGGUCGCGUAUACACCAACAAUGCCGGCCCCACUUCGCUCGUCGAGAUGCUCUUCUGCACUUCGUUGGUCGCCCUGGUCGCAACCUCGGAUUCGGACCCCAAGAGCAAUGCCUCGCCAAGACGACUGCAGAUCGUCAACACCAAACGCCAGUCUGUCAUCUGCGAGCUGCUUUUUCCCACAGCGAUUCUUGGAGUGAAGCUGAACAGGAGAAGACUAGUCGUAGUGCUCGAACAGGAAAUCUACAUCUACGACAUCAGCAACAUGAAGCUCCUCCACACCAUCGAGACGUCUCCCAACCCGAUGGCCAUCUGCGCCCUAUCGCCCAGCAGCGAGAACUGCUUCCUCGCCUACCCCUCUCCAGUAGCCAGUCCCACGAGUCCCUUCGCCAACACCGCUGGCUCCUCCACAUCCACCUCUUCCAGUACCGCCGCCACCGCCGGCGACGUAUUGAUCUUCGACCUCCUCUCGCUAUCCGUCACCAACGUGAUCCAAGCGCACAAAACACCCAUCUCGGCCCUUGCCCUCAAUUCCACCGGAACCCUCCUCGCCACCGCCUCGGACAAGGGAACCGUCAUCCGCAUCUUUUCCGUCCCCGCCGCCCAGAAAGUGCAUCAGUUCCGAAGAGGAAGCUACGCAGCUCGGAUCUUCAGCUUGAACUUCAACGCUGUUUCUACGCUUCUGGCGGUCUCGUCGGAUACCGAGACGGUUCACAUCUUCAAGCUCUCCUCAGGGUCAAAGGGGAAUGGGAUGCAUUCGCCGAGUGUGAGCUCGUUCGAUGCGGGAUCGGAUACGUCUUCUCCACCUGGCUCCACCAACGGCUCGAGGACAGGGGGGUACGAAGCGUUCAUGGGCAAUCGCAAACCCUCGUCCGGCGGGAUAGGUGGCACAUUACGUCGACGCUCCGCCGCCCUCGGUCGCGGAAUCAGCGGCAGCGUAGGCGGCUAUCUCCCCAAUAGCUUGACUGAGAUGUGGGAACCCAGUCGCGAUUUCGCCUUUCUCAAGUUGCCUAGUCAGGGCGUGUCGAGUGUCGUAGCGCUCAGCGCAACAACACCGCACGUAAUGGUCGUGACGAGUGAAGGGUACUUUUAUAGUUACAACAUUGAUCUGGAGCAUGGGGGGGAGUGCGUGUUGAUGAAGCAGUAUAGUUUGUUGGAUGGCGAGGCGGAGGCGACAGGGGCGACGGGGGGAAAUGGUGCGGGGAACGGCGAUUGA